CCGUUACACUCAGCCCCGUCAACACAUCCUCUUACUCUAAAUUACUGUUGAUGCAUCAACGUUCCACCUCCAACAUCAACAUCUCAUCGGCUGCUGCGAAGAUGUUGCAAUCCACUGGGAUCUCCAUUUCCACUGAUUCCUCUUCGGAUCAUCACAACAUCAAUAAUGAUGUCAGAAGCUCUCUUCCUGAACUCCUCGGCGAUACCGAUACUAGAUUUCUAGCGGAGAGAAAUCUCAACAGGCUUAAUAAUAAUAACAAUCCGUGUGCUUCCCCUUGCUCCCGUUCUCUCAAUUUACAGCGAUCUACAAGCAGCUGCGAUCCCACCUUGUUUCAUUCACUCAAAUCUGCAAAGCUGCCUCCAGUGGGCCCUUGCUCCAAGAUCCCUAUUGAUGCUUCUAGAAAAACAAGGAAAGUUUCUAGCCAAGAAGAUGUGCAAUCUCUCAAGCUGCUGCACAACCACCACCUGCAGUGGAGAUUUGUCAACGCAAAAGCACAGGCUUCCACUCAAGCUCAGACAUGCGAAACUGAGAGAAACCUGUAUUCCCUCGGUGUCAAGAUAACAGAAUUAUACAACUCAGUGAAAAGAAAACGCGUUGAGCUUGGCCUUCUGCAGAGAAUCAAACUUCUAUGGACCAUCGUUGAAGCUCAAAUGCCAUAUCUGGAUGAAUGGGCAGCUUUUGAAACGGAUUAUUCGGUAUCCCUGUCAGAAGCGAUUCAAGCUUUGUUGAAUGCCUCACUUCAAGUUCCAAUCAGUGGAAAUGCUAGAGCUGAUAUUAGGGAGGUAGGGGAGGCAUUGAACUCUGCAGCAAAAUUGAUGGACACAAUAGCUUUUCACAUGAAAGCCUUAUGCCAAAGGCUGAAGAAACAGAACAUUUGAUCUCAGAAGUAGCUAGGGUGACUGGAGGAGAAAGAGGUCUUAUUGAAGAAUGUGGGGAUCUGUUGUCAAUGACAUAUAAUUCACAGGUAAAGGAAUGCAGCUUGCGAGGGCAGCUAAUUCAGUUCCAUCAAAGUCGUCACAAACAACAACAGGGAGAGGAGCAAUAAUGGACUCCGUAUUAUUUGUUUCUACAUACAUGAAGCAUAGAUGGAGUAGAUAAGUAGAAUCAUCUCAUGAAUCUCUCUCCGAUACUGCCUCAAAUGAGCUUUUUUGGGGUCAUAUUGUUUGUUCCUUUGCAUUUUCAAAGAGGAGGUCUUUUUUGGCUUUUGGUUUGUUAUGGUAUUGUAUGCACCCCCAUAACAAGCAAUAUUACACUGUAAUAAAAAUCACCAAUUGGAGAGUUUUGUCAUGGCAAUUUAUGACGUGUAUAUUAUGCGGUCACUGUGCAGUUACACCACAGCAGAACUGAAUUAUCUGGGACAAUUUCAGACAAUGCAUGCAUGAAUUGCAGGACAGUUUUCUCAGCAAUAUAGUUGCUCAUUAAAUGA